AUGAGUUUUCAAGCAGAGCAAUUAGCGGCGCUUCUCCGCCAAACCCAGCAGCUAGCAGAGCUGAAAGCAAAUGCGCUCAAAUACGGAAAUUCGAAGACGAUUGAAGAGGUCAAUCAGGAGAGUAACUCGAGAAAUUCAGAAUCGCCAAAGAGUAACCACAGUUCUUCUUCUGACAAGGGGACUGAAAACGUUGUCCCAAAUGGACUCAACCUCGGUGCUCUUGACAACCCUCAAUUCUCCAUCGAUUUCAUCCUUUCCAAGGCUCGAGGAAACCUCCUAGCAUCAGGCCUGAAUCCACUAGCAAUCAACCAAGCUGUCCAAGCCCAGCUCAGUCUCGCAGCCGUCGCUCAACGCCAGUUCGCCCAGCUCAACCAACGUCUUCUCCCACCAACGUCGAGCCAGGCAUCUAGCCAGCUUCCCAAUGUCCCACAAAUGUUCAGAAACUUUAUCCAAAAUGACCUCAAGACGCCCGAACAACCAACAAUCCCUAAAGCUCCAACUCCCGAUCCAACUCCUUCUCCAGUCAAAAACGCGCCAAUCGUUCCAGAGCCUCGACCAGAGCCCCGAAGAUCGGUAGAAUCCGACGUGCCAAAGAAACGACCGAGAACAGCUUUCACGCCCGAGCAAAUCAAGAGAUUAGAAGCUGAAUUCUCAAAGAACAAGUAUCUAUCUGUUGCGAAACGAAUGGAACUCUCCAAGGCGCUGAAUUUGACCGAAACUCAGAUCAAAAUUUGGUUUCAAAAUCGCCGCACCAAGUGGAAGAGAGAGUACCUGUCUGAUUGGGAGCUCUGGGCCCAUCAAAAUUACUACGCAAUGGGAAUCGGUUCUCCUGGAAACAGUCUCACUCCACAAAACCCUCUUUACAACUCUGUCCCACGUUUGCCUGGACUUCCGCAAAGUUCAACAGCAGGACUUUCCAGCCCAACGUCUCUGCCAACUAUUCCAGCUCGGCCUCCACUGAUUCCCCCUCAGCUUCUAGCGCAACUUGGAGGCUCGAGCAUUCCACGUUUGCCACAAGCUCUUCCUGGUGGACUUGGCUUACCACAGGGAAUUCCUUGGCAACAUCUCGCUGCAGCAACGUCUGCCGCUUCGAUCCCGACGUCUCUCCCAAGCUCACUAUCCUCGUCUAUGAGCCCUCAGAGUCCAAUCGUUCCAGGAGAAUCUUCAAGACAAACCUCUCCUGUUGAAAGUCCUAAAAUCACAGAAGUGGAGAGCGAGACACCAGCAGAAAUCCUGAAAGAAAGUGAAUCAACGACUGAAAAAGCCGAUGGAGCUAAGUCUCCUGAUCUACUGUAA